GACGGCAACCCUCGAACGCUAGAACAUCGCAUAUACCGCCUAUUGCGGUUGCGAAUCUACUAGCUACAUGUAUUCACAAACCACUGCGUUGCAGUCACUGUCGAGAUGCAAGCUGCGGGUUAUUCCUCGACUUCCGGGGUCCAGGCAGAGCCUUCCCCCUGUGUGCUCACGUGCCUCUCUAUUUCCUUCAUCCACCUACGCUACAUGCGUCUCUAGCUCUUACAGAAGUGUGUCGAGACUACCGACCGUUCUGAGACACCAAGGUAGCAGUGCGGAGCACCGACUGGCCUUCACUACAUCAUCCUGCUGGAGAUCGAAGGAGAAGCAGCCAAGCGAACCCGAGAAGAAACCACUCUUGGAGACCGCAAAACUACUCAAAGCAAAGAUCCCAACCCUCAAACAUGAGCAAGUGUUCAAUAUACCUAAUGUGCUCACCUUCUCCCGACUCUUCGCAACACCCGUCAUCGGCUACCUAAUAGUCAACGAUCACCACCUAUGGGCCUUCUCCCUGUUCGUCUACGCCGGCUUCUCCGACCUCCUCGAUGGCUGGAUCGCCCGCCGAUGGAACCUCCAGACCGUCGUCGGCAGCGUAAUUGAUCCCAUGGCCGACAAGUUCCUCAUGACGACACUCGUAUCCUGUCUUGCUAUCAACGGCAGUCUCUCGCUUCCGCUUGCUACCCUUAUCCUUGGACGAGAUGUCAGUCUCGCGAUCGCAGCGAUUUACUUCCGGUACGCGUCACUCCCCGCGCCAAAGACGUUCGCGCGAUACUGGGACUUCAGCCUGCCUUCCGCCGAGGUCCACCCUACGACCAUAUCCAAGCUGAACACGUUCCUCCAAUUGAUCCUCAUUGGUACUACCAUGGGUGUUGCUCUCCUGCACGAUCCGUCGGCUGUGUCGUCCUCCGCUGGUGGUCUUCUCCUCUCCCUUCAAGACGCCAUGGGCGGUCCCGACGGCGUGGCGCGCAUGAAAGAUGUCAUGGGCGGAGUGGUAGCUGCGACGACGACGUACUCUGGGCUGAGUUACGCAUGGAUGAAGAGCGCAGUUAAGAUUCUGGGCGACGAUGAAGCGCUUAAGCGAAAGCAGGGCUUCAGAGGACGUAUGAUCAUCGCAGGGACGUUCGGGAGCGUUGUAGCUCUCGCCGCAGCACUGUGGUAUCGCGAGAUGAUGAAGAAAGGCGAGGAGAGUGAGAACAUCAAGUACACAAACGCCUAACACACACAUUGCUGCAUGGCAAUCACAAAUCUCUCAUGGUCUUCGAUUAGCGUCGUCUGUAUUAUAGUUUCAAAGGGCAGCACGAGUUCGGUGCUCGUGCCAUACACAAUUAUAUUGUAUCAAACAUGCU